CGGGCGACCCGUGUGUGUUGGUGUUCCCUGACCGCUGUUGUUGGUUGUUGGUGCGGGGAGGUGAGCGCGAGCAAAGCACACCAAAUUGUUUCCCUUCCACAGAAAGCCAGCCCUCCUCCCUCCCUCUACAAAACGGCAGACGACCAGCAAGAGACAACCGGGAAGAGGACGACCAGCAAGAGACUCAGACAACCGGAAAGAGCAAACCCAAAAACCAUGGAUUCGGAAAACCAGCAGUACACCGUCGACGAUGAGAUCGCCGCUUUUUUCUCCAAGACGGCAGUGACCCGCGGCACAUGUGACGGGUUGGCCAAGGACCUCGUCGGCGGCGACCAAGCCGUCCCCGUUGCGGUGCAGGGGGCCUGCUCGUAUACCGUCUACGCCGGCCAAGGUCUCGGCUACGUCGUCCAGUUCCGUCUCAAGUCCCUCGAGCUCAAGGGCGAGACCGCCGCUCUCGCCCGACGCAUCUUCGGCACCUUGGCGCCCGAGGUAUCCUUCAGGCGGCAGCUCGGCGAAGACUCCGAGGCAGCCGGUCAAGAGCCUCUGCUUGUCUACGUCAUGACUCGCAUACGGGGAAUGAGCCGUCUUGACUUCAUACUCGCGCAUGGCUUCCCUGAGAACUCGCCGGAGAAUAUGGCCCGCCGCAAGAACCUGAUCCAGGACGUGGCAAGAUUCUUUGCCAUCGCAUGGAAAGCACCACAGGCAGUCGAGCAAGAUUACCUCGAUCAUAUGGCCGAGACCUUCGAAAAGGAGCUCCAGAUCUUGCUCGUCGCCCUCCCUGACCGGUUCCACCCGAUCAUCCGCGCCACGCUCGCAGCGCUACCGAGCAUCUGCUCCCUCCCCACGGUUCUCCUCCACAAGGACUUUGGCGACUGCAACAUCAUGGUGGAGGACGAGACGUGCCGUUUGGUCGGCGUCAUCGACUGGGCCGAGGCAGAGAUCGGCCCCUUCGGCACAAACCUCCAUUCCCUGCAAGACUUGAUGAGCAAGUUGCACCUGAAGAAUGGGUGGAUCAGGUACGAGGACUACGACGACCUGGUGGGUACGUUCUGGAAGACCUUGAGCGACGAGGUUGGCGGACUGGAUAAGGAUACGGCCAAGGCUAUCAGGGCGGCACGGGUCCUGGGCUUGCUCAGGUCUUGGGCGUUCACCAGCCGGCUUGCCAACGAGCCUGUGCCGGUUCCGAUCAAGGAUGAUGAGAGCGGGAGGUAUAGGAUGAUGAUCAUUGAUGGGCUGCUGCUGAACCCAACCACCCGAUUUGAGGGACUGGAUAAGUGGCUCGAAUGAAGGGGAAGGGAG